CGUUCCUGGACGAGGGUUUCCUGCUGGACAAAAAGUAUCAGCCGAAGCGCAUGGGAACGCAAAGAUCUUGAUCGCCAUCACGUCGAUGGACACGGACAAAAUCAAGGUGCUUGGAUCGAACAUCAAGGCAACAUUUUUUGCUAUUUAUUGGCAGCAAACUUGGACGUUAUUUGUUGUUGUUGAACACUGCUCAACACAGAACACCAGAGAGAUGCCCGCUUCAGAAGAUUGCUCAGGCCGCCAAAGCGCCGGCUGACAAGAGGGCACGAAUGAAAAAACUGCUAGUGGUUCCGGAACCUAAGCUAAAGAAAGUCCGUGCGGGAAGUCUGUUAAAGUGCCACGAAGUACACUAAGAAGUAUGCCCACAUGUAGCGUGGAGUGAUGGAAAAGGCAUGCGAGGCCAAGAAGGUCGAAAAUAUCUACAUUCCGACCGGGACGAAGGUUGUCUUCGUCAUGCGUGUUCGUAGGUCGAUCGGCAGGUUUCUUUAUCAAGUGCUGCUGCUGUUUCAUCUGAACCAAAUUAGCAACCCCAACCUGUACAAGGAUACCAACAACAUGCUGCGCAUUGCCGACUCACACAUCACUCACGGCUACCCCUUGCUCAAGUAGAUCCGCAGCCUAAUCUUCAAACGCGGCUGCGUCAAGCUGCAUCCCGACCAAGGACAACUUUGAAACAUCCUCCAGCUCGCAGAACGUCCAUGCGACGCUAGACGUUUUCAACCAGCUGGGUAAUCUUUUUAACCAGCUGGGCAUGUGGUACUGGCUGUGUUCAACAAGGGUGGACACUCCAGACUGGACGUUCCCGAGUCCCGAGACCACGUUUCAACCCAUCGAAGAGACCAUCAACUUGAUGCGCAAGAAGGUGGUCCACCCGUGACAUGUACAGUGUUGAGGCGACUGGAAUUGCGGCCCCUGCCUGGACCGUACGCCACUGGACUCGCGAUGACAGCUGUGUGUCUGUCACUCUGCGACUGUCAACACAGUGCGUAAAAGGAAGUGGUAGUUGUCUUUGUUGUGAAUAAAUUUUAUUAUUGUUUUGUUAGUCAGAAGAACGACACGCGUUUUAUUUGUUGGACGAAAGUGUCCUUUUAAUUUGUUUAAUUAUUACACCCCCACGACCUGCAACUCGACCACCCUGUGGGUGUCGUCCGGGGGGUUGUAAAAGUGGCGACGAGUCCGGUCCUUUUGGACGAAUUUUCAACCGGUCCAAAAGUGACCCACGCGGAGGAGGAAAAACAGCGGAAUGGAAGGAGUUCCGGAUCAAGCCAUCCUUGAUGCCGGCCAGAACCAGCAGACGGCGGACGUGCCGCAGGCACCGUUGGCAGCCGGUCAGCAACAUCAUUCGCCGUUCCUCCAGAUUCCACUACAUGCAGCGCCGUACGUCGAGUACUUCGAGCAACAUCGAGGUUAUGUUCGGGAGCUCUUUCGGCAGCAGCAGGAAGCACUUCAACGUCAGCUGGUGGAGAUGCAGCUGCAGCAGCUGGCAUUCAUGCAGCAUCAGCAGCGGUUCAUCAGUAGCAUCAUGACGUCGAUGAAGGUGCAGGCCCAACCGUGCCUGGAUGCGACAUCGGACUCGCUUGGCAGCGGCAACGCGGAGGAGUUCGAAACCGAUUCGGAUGGCGACGGUGUGCCCACGGCCUGGCACGAGCGAAAAGAAAAGCUGCUGCAGAAGAAGAAGGUGCGCUCGCUGGACAAGCUGGCGGAAGUUCUACUGUGCGGGAACGAUGGUGGAGAUGAAGAAGUUUUCGAGCAGCAGGUGCUGGUUGAAUCGUGUGCUCGAGGUUACCGUGAUGACGUCACCGAGUACGUGUUUGAGGUGAGCCAUCCUACGACGGGAACACCCUUGCACUCACCGCCAGAUCCGUGGCCCAAGCCGACGGGAUCGUGGAUGGGUGAGAGUGUCGAAUUCGCCGGACUGACCGAACACCCACUGUGGUUCGUUGCGAAUGUCAACACCAGUCAACAACUUCACUCAGCUGUGAUCGAUCAAGCGAGUAAAAGUGCCACGGCAUUCCGCAGCGCGCGACGACCUCGAAUUGCUGUCGGUGCUCCACCACCUGGAGAACGGUAUGGAGAACGAAUCCUUUCGAAGCUGGAGUUUGAGCCACCACCACAAGUAGCAACAACAACGCUGCCAGGUGAGCAACAACGAAAAAUCUGCGUGAAUGUGCCAGUGACAGACGCGAACACAAGCGCGAACAACAGCAAGUUCGGUCGUGUGAUGUACUGGACAGUCAACCUCCGCGCAGUCCGGCAAAUUGGUUGUAUUGGAUUGGAGAAACAGAAAAAGUCCAACGACGUCUGGUUGGAGUCGCGCGAACAUUCCAGGUCAUCUGCGAUGUUGGGUUCAACCACGCCAUCGCCGUCGCGGUUCGAUGCAUUGAAGCAGCCAACGUGGAGUCUGGGUCGGCCUCCGGAGCAUUCAAGAUCGGUAGUACGGGUCUUUCAGCGUUUGUCUCGUCUACUACUUCAACAACAACAACACCCUCGCAAUCCUGAGCGGAUGUGCACGUGUACUGGUGCCACGUGGAUUUUCACCAGGAAGAUGCCUGACGUUGGUAGACCGUACCACCUCAAUUGAAGAGGGGGGAUGUUGAGGCGACUGGAAUUGCGGCCCCUGCCUGGACCGUACGCCACUGGACUCGCGAUGACAGCUGUGUGUCUGUCACUCUGCGACUGUCAACACAGUGCGUAAAAGGAAGUGGUAGUUGUCUUUGUUGUGAAUAAAUUUUAUUAUUGUUUUGUUAGUCAGAAGAA